CACAGGGUCAACAUCGAUCCAAGUCAUCUGCUAGAGAAGCCAGGAGUUCUCCUGGGAAAUUCCAAUCACCCCCGCCCAAUCUUCCUGAUAUUCCCUUCAAGUGGAUAUUUAGACGUGUUGACGUUACAACGACAAACUCACAAUGCAUAGCUGGAUUGCAGCUUCAAUGUCACCAUCCCAUAGCAGACGACGGGAAAAGGAUACUAAACGCCAUAACCAUCAUCAUCAUACCGGUGUACGUGAAAAGCCACACGGGGCCGAAAGCCUCGAUCCUGAACUGCUGUGUAAAAUCCUGCAUACUAAUAUCAGUAAGGACAACCAUAAAGAGCAUGGCAGACCCAGUUCUCUAUUGUCCCCAAGUUAUAAUACCCUAUCAAAAUCUUGCGACGAUAUGACCAAAUGCGAUGACAGCCCACAACCAGUUGAAACUAUUAUCCAUGAUAAGAAAUAUAUUGGUUUGGUGCCGGCCGCUUAUGUAAAUCGAAGCAAGUCACAUAACGAUAUCAUUAUCCAGCGACGGCUUGUUACCCCAAAAGAUUCGAAAUCCGCUUCCCCAACUCCAUUACCUUCGGCCUAUAUGGAAGAACGUUACGUGAUUCGCAUCCGAAAAGGACCGCACCAUUCACACAAAAUGCAUAAAUCUCAUUCGGGUUAUCUGAAACCCAAGACUGAGCUUUCCCGAUCCUACAGUGCGCAUAACUUAACUGGAUCUCAUUCGAAACCCAAACAGCGACAUGAGAUUAUCACAACAUUUGGUUUGUCCCCAGAUUCACCGCCGUCAAGUCAAGAAAUCUCGCCAGAGACAAGCACUGAAAGACAAACACCAACAGAUAACCAAAACUCAAGCAGUCAUGUUGAGAGAACUCCGUCCGAAGAGCAUGACGAGCAAAACAACCACAAAAAUAACAAUAAUAACAACAACACCAACAACAACAGAGAAAGUCAUCACGGAAAAAAUAGUCUACACCACAAACUUUUCCUGAACUUACCAGUUCCAGAGAGAAGGCAUAGUUAUGUCGGCGGGCAGACGGCUUACAGUGCCAAAUCGAAAUCACCAACAGCUAGAAAAUCAGAGAGCGGUCAUUCUCUGUUGAGCGUGGAAACCAUAAAAGCUCUUGUCACUCCUCAUGGCAAGAAACACCACAGAGAUAUGAAAUAACGGACUCGAGAAUCGGAUGAUUGAUAAAAACGACUAAAACAGCGGGAAAAUAUAGACCUCACUCAACAAUAUUAUAAACAUUCACGUAAAAGUAUAUAGAAAUAGGAAAUGAACAAACCGAUUAUGUACGUAUUGUAUACAUACAUAUAAAUACAUACAUACCUACGUAUAUAUAUAUAUA